AGAACACAAAGUGUGGUAUAAAGAAGAGCUAGAUCCAUGGGUGAUGGUAAUAGCAAUGUUUGAUGUUCCCAUCUCAUCCACCGUAGAGACUGACUCUGCAACGACUCAUCUUCUUUCUCUUUCCCAUUCUUUUCGCAGAUCCAAAUCCAUAGAUUCACAACAUUAACUAACCAAAUCAAGAUCCAUGUUGUUCGCAUCAUCUUCUUCUUCUUCUUCACUCCUAUAUUUACUCUCAUUAUUAUUCUUACUAUUAUUAUUCAUAUCUUCCUCAUUUGCUUCUAUUCACAUCUACAAUCAUGAACCAUUUCAAGAAAUCGGCAAUGCUUUUCUCCUCUCCGGUGGCAGCGAAGGUAUCUCCGCCUCCCUCACCACCGCUCCCCAUAUCGCUUCCAUUCACGACGGCCAUUCUUACAUUCGGUUUGAGAAUAUAACAUUUAGGAGAAGAAAAUCUGCAGCCAGGGCACGAGGUACCGUGCCAAUACACAUUAUAAUUUUCGAGGCUGCUGAUCGUGAUGAUAUAGGCGGUUCUGCUUAUGGUGGACAACGUGCAAUCUGUUGCACCUCUGAUUUAGCUAAGAUGGGAGCUUGUAAGCAAGGAGAGGUUAUCAGGAGACCUUCUGCAACAGACACUAAUUGGCCGGUCGUUAUAGAUCUAUAUUUCAAGGGGAAGUCUAAUCUUAUUAGUUUAGAUUCUAAGGAAGUUCCUAUCACGAAGACUGGAAUGUAUAACUUGUUUUUUGUAGCUUGUGACCCCAAGCUUAAGGAAAUUGUAAUGAGCGGGAAGACAAUCUGGAAAAACCCUGAUGGGUUCUUACCUGGUAGGAUGGCUCCGUUUAAGAAGUUCUAUGUAUUUAUGACGUUGGCUUAUGUCUGCCUCGGCAUUGUUUGGUUACUUCAGUAUGUGAGGUUUUGGGAUGAUGUACUACAACUUCAACACUGUAUCUCAGCUGUCAUUGGUCUUGGAUUGUUUGAGAUGAUUCUUUGGUAUUUUGAGUAUGCCAAUUUCAAUAAUACUGGAAUCAGACCUAUUGUUGUCACAACAUGGGUUGUCACUGUUGGGGCUAUAAGACAAACGAUAGCGCGACUUCUCAUACUCUCCGUUUCCAUGGGUUAUGGUGUUGUGCGACCCACUCUUGGUGGUCUUACAUCAAAGGUCCUUUUGCUUGGAGUAACUUACUUGUUUGCAUCGGAGUUGCUGAAUAUUACUGAAUAUGUCGGGACCAUCAAUGAUAUAUCAGGAAGGGCAAGGCUCAUUCUAGUUCUUCCUGAUGCUUUCUUGGAUGCAUUUUUAAUUUUAUGGAUUUUUACUUCUCUAUCAAAAACACUGGAACAGUUACAGGUAUCCUUUCCUCAAAUUCCUGUUAUUUUACAGCACCCUGCCUCUAAAAUUUUCUGCUUUGGAUUUCUGACUAUCCUCUUUUUGCCAAUAUGUUUGGCCUUCUUUUUGUAUCUUCCUUGUCAGGCAAAACGGAGUUCUGUUAAGUUGGAUAUAUAUCGGAAUUUCUCAAAUGCACUAGUAGCAACGGUGACCGCCUCGGUUGUCUGGAUAGGUUAUGAGGUUUACUUCAAAGCAACCGAUCCAUUUAAUGAACGCUGGCAGAGUGCUUGGUUCAUCACUGCAUUCUGGGACAUUCUAGCAUUUGCACUACUAUGUGUUAUAUGUUAUCUCUGGGCUCCCUCCCAAAGUUCUCAAAGGUAUGCAUACUCAGAGGAAGUGGGAGAUGAAUCUGAUGAUGAAGAAGCUCAGUCUCUAACUAAGGGAAAACAAGAAGGCCGAGGAGAAUUAAGUUUAGUCAGGCAAGAGAAGAAUGUCCAAAAUGAUGCAUCUUCUGACGAAGACGACGAAUCAGAAGAGGAUAAAAGGGAAUAAGCUUUUAACAACUUUCUUUUACCACAUUUGUACUGUUUUUCCCUGCUGGGUUUUUAAGUCUUUUGACCCAACCCUCAACAGGAGGCAUUGUAUACAAUUUUGUUCAUUUUGUACUGGAAUGUAAGUGCUUCAUAUUCUUUGUUCCAAAAUUGUUUUAUAUAUCGUGUAAUUAAUGUAUAACAAUUGUGGUGUGGUGACUCGCCAGCUUCUAGAUUUAGUUUGUUACCAUUAUGUUAUUACCUUGUGUUGACUGACAGAGAAUGAUCAUGAAAUGAGAAAUUAGUAUUUUCCUUUC